AUGGAUAAGGUCAAGCUGUGGUCAAGGAAGUUCCAAACUUACGCUGAGCAGCAGGGAGCCAUGGACUUCAAGCACAUCAACGACCGCUUUCAGAGAGGCAAGGAUUGGUCAGAGGACUUUCUAGAACGGAAGCACAAACUGGUCCAUUUCUCUUCACUGGUGUUGGCGCACAGCGCCAUUGUGUCAAGCCAAGCAGAGAUGGGGCCUGAUGGGUAUGGCUGCCAUCUCUGCCUCAACCUGGAACAACGCGGCUUUCUCGAAGUCGAAGGCCCUGCUCGGGUCGAUCUGCGAUGUGGAGAGAAGCAGAGUCUCUCUGAGCUUCAGAACCCGGACCCAGAAAGGUCUUUAGCGCCACAUUGGAGGGUACAACAGAGAGGCAUCCAUGCCACUGCAUGCAUCAUCAAGAACAUCGUUGCAGGUGUUUCAAGCAACUCGCAAAAGCCACUUCUGGUGGUGGACCUCUUGCCCUCCAGGUUUGCUGAAUGGUCCUUGGCAAGCUGGAGCAUCCAGGCAGCUUUCCUUCAGGAAGCAAAUCGAGAGUUGGAUGUGCGCUUCUUGGGGGUAUACCACUCGGACAACGCGGAGGAGCUGACCAGUGCCAGGGCAGUUUUGAUGGGUCGGCUGAUCUCUGACUACUGGGAUGGAUGUGAGAAAGCAGGCUCCAAAACUCGUGAAGCUUCUAGCUUUUCUGAGAGCUUGCCAACUUUGCAGAGCUUGGUGAUCAACGAAGAUGGGGAAAUCAAGAUUCCGGACUUGCUGCAGCAGAAGUACUCGCAACAACCAGGUUUGAAGGACUUCACCGCCAAGCUUGCUGAGGACACUGAAAUAUCCGGAGCCUUGAGGACUUUCCAUGCAGCCCAGCAGCGGGGCAAUGCCACUCCAAGCGUGAGCACGGCCACGGUGCCAACCAGAACCCUGGCAUCGCCAGAGUGGCAAGGUGAUUCACCCAUCAAUGUCCGCAAGAGGCUCAACUUGGAGGAGAUUUCCAUGAGCCAGUUCGAAUCUGCAAAUGACAACACCUUGGUAGCAAUGGCAGACAGCAAAGAGAUCAAAUCUGUCGCUGACAUCAUGUGUGAUGUGGCAAAGCAUCAGGGUGCGGGAACUGGUGAUCGGCCGUUGGCCUAUCGGUAUGACAUCUCGGCUAUGACCAUGGUCAAUGUGUAUAAGCCGAAGGAGCUUGCCGCCGACACUGACAAGCAGCACAUACGAUCGGUGCAAUUUGGUGCUGUUUUCCAUGCCAAAUAUUCACAACUUCCAAGAUGCCAGCUGUGUGAUGUGGUCUGGGAGGCCAUGGUUGGAUAA